AAUAUUUAUUACAUUCAAAUCUCCACAUAGCUGUAUGUAAACUGAUGUCCGUACAUAUGUAUGAUUAUUCAGUCAAAACCAUUGUAAUCUAAAACAAUAAAUAUUGAUAUAGCAGCUUCAGACAUACGUAUAGCAUAUAGACUGAGUUACAAUGGUAAGUUUUCAGUAUUUAUACAAGAAAGCGCAAAAAUACCUCUCACGUUCUUUUUGCUCCGACGUAAUCCAAACAGCGAGUAUUACUCUGACGUAAGCGAAAUAGCAAGUAUCGGGAUUAACCCCUGGGAUGUGGUUCGCAGGCUAAAAAUACUUCUUUCUAUGACGUCACAAUAGACUGUCGUCACGCGAGUUUUCCUGUCGCCAUUGUCACUGUUGCUAGCGACGAAGAAAGCUACAGCUUAACUAGACGUGAGAAUUUGAAGGAGAUCAACAUAAUUUGUUUUUAAUAACUUUCAAUUUAGGAACGGGACUUUUUAAAGAAUCUACCAUGGAUGAUGAACAACUGCGAAAUAUUGCACAACUUUUGGUGGCGAGUGUAUUAGAGAAAGCUGUUGAUAAAAUAAAUACCGAAACAAGGGAAAUAAACGAAGGUCUUGACCAGGGGGUAGACGACAUUGUAGGGCUGACCAUCGGACGGUCAAUCAAUGCCAUCCGCGAAGGUCAAGUUUCACCAACUGACAAUAAGAUGGAGGGAAUGAUUGGACCUAACAAAACAUUGGCUACUGCAACACCAGAAGUAAACACUGGCACAACAGGCAGUAAGGCCUUAGAGAUUAAAGAUGGGUCAAUCGAACCAAGUGUUGGAGGAAAUGAUGACCAGACACAUAUUAUCACCGUCAAAGACGACAAACCAACAGGAACCAAGAAAAGGAAAGUGACUACAACGCAUGCGCAGAUGAGCAAGGCCUCUCACAAGAAGAAUGUACUGGGACGAUUGUUGGACAGAAUUAUCAAGAGAGACAAAAAAGAGGCCAAGGAAAUCGAUGCUGCUACAGCAGGUGGCAGCACCAGCACCUCAGUCGGUGGAAAGAAGAAGAGCGCAUCCAAGGCCCAUAACAAGAGAGACUGGAUACGUAGAAAUCUCCUGUGCUGCUUCGUCAGACAGACUGCCACAGUCGAGCCUGUAUUAGGCUAAAUACAGCCAGAGAAACAAGUCAUGGACAUUCGGAACAUUAUGUGGUUUACAUGUACAAUAAUAACGGUAUAAACAAAAACAAAAUAUUGAUAAAAUUGAAUCAACUUAUGAUAAUUAACUGUCACCAAACUUAAAUUCGGGGUUUCUUAUUUCUGUGUAGUAGAUACAGUUCUUAUGUUUUACUUUUAGAAAUUGAUUCAAUGUUAUCAUAUAUACUUGAUUCGUUUAAACAAUCCAAUCCGUUGAAGCAUUAGUCAAAAUAAUCCGGACUUAGCAAAGACAUUCUCAUCGUUCAAGUCAAGUUUUUGUCAUUGUAAUUAAGAGAUAGGAUUGCCCCCCGUACUAUCACUACUCUCCGCCAGGCUUCGAAAGAAUCCUUUUGAUAUUGUGUUCUGGCAUAACAUUUUGUAU